UAGGGGCAAGACCGUGGAGAGUCAGCUGGUCGAAGCACGGGGAGGGAGCGUGGAGUGGAGUGGGCUGGACGUGUGUGUAUGUUGGCGUGCGCGUGUGUGAGCAAGAGAAAGCGUGUGUAUGUGCGGUUUGUACGUGCGCAAGGACAGCGCUUCGGGGGACAAGGGUGCUUGCUGAGACCAGAGGGUUCCCUGCGAGAGGGAGCACAAGGCAAACAUCAUGGCUUUAGCAGGAUGCCCUGACUACUUUUUACGUCACUCAAACUACCAGGAAAGGAUGGAGCGCACUUCCUCCCGCCGGCCUGAGGAGCUGAUCGUUUCCGGCUUUCAGCGCACAGCCAGUCAAGCUUCGCCACAUCACCAUGCUGCCUCCACAGAUGACGACGUGGACCUGGAGCAGCUGGUGAAUGACAUGAACUCCUCUGUGGAGAGCAUGCAGUCCAUGCAGGCAGAGACUGCGCUCCUCCUAAACAACGGUCACAUGCACACGUCUCACCACCAUCACGCUGCCCAUCUGGGACACGGCCAGGUCCACCGUCGCCACACCCCGCCCCUGCGGCCCUCGCCCCCCUCCAGGGAAGGACUGAAGCACUCUCAGCCCAUGCACAUCCAGGCUGUCAGGUGCCUAAAGGAAGAGCAGCACCUGCGUCCCGCCUCCCUGCCCGCCAUCCCCAACCCUUUCCCAGAGCUGUGCAGCCCAACAGGAUCCCCCAUUCUCAGCCCGAUUCAGACCUCCGACAGCCAUAUCGUGAAGGUUUGGAGUGAGGAUGGCGCCGGCAAAGUGGUGGAGAUUCCAGCCGACAUGACGGCGAGAGACGUGUGUCAGCUGCUGGUCUACAAGAGCCACUGCGUGGACGACAACGCCUGGACGCUGGUGGAGCACCACCCCGUCCUCGGCCUCGAAAGGUGUGUGGAGGACCAUGAACUGGUGGUUCAGGUGCAGGCCUCCAUGAGCAGCGACAGUAAAUUCCUCUUCAGGAAGAACUAUGCCAAAUAUGAAUUCUUCAGGAACCCCCUCAACUUUUUUCCAGAGCAUAUGGUGGCUUUGUGUCAUCAGUCUGACGGUUCGAUCCCUCAGUCACAGCUCUUACAGAAUUUUCUGAACUCCAGCAGCUGUCCUGAGAUCCAGGGCUACCUGUAUGUGAAGGAGCCAGGAAGAAAGUCCUGGAAGAAGCUCUACAUGUUCCUGCGACGCUCAGGCCUUUAUUACUCAACUAAAGGAACAUCCAAGGAACCCAGACAUCUGCAGCUGCUCUCAGAUCUGGAGGACAGUAACAUUUACACCAUCAUCACUGGGAGGAAGCUUCACAACGCCCCUGCAGACUUCCAGUUCUGCAUUAAGCCCAAUAAAGCCAGGAGUGACUGUAAGGAGCUCAAGAUGUUGUGCGCCGAGGACGAACAGAGCAGGACGUGCUGGAUGACUGCCUUCCGACUGCUCAAAUACGGGAUUGUCCUAUACCAGAACUACAAUGUGCCCCUGCAGAGGAAGGCUAACAACUCGUCUUUCUCUGGGCCCGUGCGGAGCGUAUCCGAGAACUCGCUGGUUGCCAUGGACUUCUCGGGAAGAACCGGCCGCGUCAUCGACAAUCCCGUCGAGGCCCAGAGCGCCGCCCUGGAGGAGGGACAAACUUGGAGGAAAAGAACCCACCGUAUGAAUGUCCUGGGCAGCCCCAGCCCCCUGCACCCAUCCUCUAUGAACACAGUCAUCCAUAGGACACAGGUGUGGUUCCACGGUCGUAUCAUGAGAGAGGAAGCCCACAAAAUGAUUAUACAACAAGGCCAAGUAGAUGGGUUGUUCCUGUUGCGGGACAGUCAGAGUAAUCCCAAGGCAUUCGUGCUCACCUUGUGCCACCACCAGAAGAUCAAGCACUUCCAGAUCCUACCGGUCGAGGAGGACGGCCAGGUUUUCUUCAGCCUCGACGACGGAGCCACCAAGUUCACGGACCUGAUCCACCUGGUGGAGUUCUACCAGCUCAACAGAGGAGUGCUGCCCUGCAAGCUCAAACACCCCUGCACCGCUGUGGCCUUGUGACACUUCACCCACCUGACACAGCUCUCCCCCCACUUUUUUUGCACAUCAGAAGAUUUCCCCCCAUUGCCUGCUCCCUCACCGACUAGGCGGGUUUGAGGAGAAAGAGAGAAGGAAACAGCAGAAGGCCAUGGGGUUUUUGGGAGCGGACUCGGCUCCGGCACCUGGUUUGUGGUGUUUUUCUCCUCCUUACUGCCGUUUGGACUGUGGCGUCGCGGCGAUAGCUUUGUCCGGCUCCAGCAACAUCCCUGUUUUUUUUGUUUUCCCUGGAGGGUCCUGUAGGUUCGUCAAGCGCCAAAAAAGAGUUGUGAAAACGCAAGACCACUACAGCGACAUGUUGUACAGCAGGAGUGUUUUAGGGUCUUACGAAUUGCUCUCCCAAACCCAAACCCCCUUCUCCUCCCCUUCAGGCCGGAUAAGCUGUGGCGCCCGCAGGGAGCGCCACCCUCUGACUUCCUCACUGAUUAUCAGGGAUGGACGGGAACCUCGCUGGCUCUGACUGAAACCGGAUCCAGGAGUUUCUCAACCUGUGCAGUCCAGUCUGGAUAAGCUGACACCCCCGUCCCUCUCUCCUCAUCACAUUAGCGGGUUGAAAGUGACGUAUCCACAACCCCCCUCCAGCUCCACACAUGUUUUUUGCAACCCCCCAAUCCCGUCGCCUCCACAGAAGCUCCAACGGUUGGGACAGACUGAUGGACGGACGGACGGAGGGAAGAAGCUCCCGAAGGCGAGACGAGCAGAGCAGCGGCGAUGGCGAGGGUUCGCUAAAAAGAAAAAGAAAAAAAAAAAGGACAGAGGAAUGUUUAAUCAGGAAGGCCGUAACAAGCCUCUCUUGUAGAGUUAAUUACUUGAUGUCAUUUAAUGCUGUUUUUUAUUCAUGUCAAUUCAAUGCAGAACUAGUUUUGCACUCCUGGGCGGACAGGCAGCAGCUCUCUGGCUAAAGCGAAGCCGCCUCCUUUUUCUCCUCCGCUCCGUUUCUGCAAAAGGCGCGCGCAUGCGAGUCUCCGCCCGCUCCGCUUGGACGACGACGGGACGACGGCGGCGGCGUGUGAGGCGGAGAUCCAGUUGAUCAUGCAGCUCCCAUCAGAGAGGCUUAGGAGCGUCUUAAAACCUCUGGUGUGGCUCGCAUCGUCAUCAUCAACACCACCACUGCGAUUUAAUGAAUGUGCUCCUGAACCAGCUGCAGCUCCUCAAGACUCUGAGGAAGAGGAGGAGGAAUACUAAUUUUAUAGACUCCUGAAAAGUGUCCAGCCCCCCAAACUUCUACCGUUUCUUUGUGUUUUUCUUUUCUUUUUUUUUUAAUCUAAAGGGUUAUAUUUGUCGGUGAAACUGUUUCUGAAUGUUUUCCUGAGUCUAAUCCGAGUUCAGUGCUUGCACGUUUGAAUCAUUCUGAUUGUGGUUGGAGCUGUCCCGUUCGGAUCCUGACCACUGUUCCCUCCUACAAAGCAACAAAAGCACUCUCGUAACUUUUUUUUUUUUUUGUGGUUUCGUUUUGUUUUUUAACUUUAAAUAUGGAAUUUGAACAAAUGACUUGAAAUGUGAACCCGGUCGUCCGUCGACCGAGCUUCACUUGCCUUAAGUGAAAAUGAUGAGCCAUGCGUAUGAAAUUGAAGAAGCGAUCUUAAAAUGCACAUACAGUGAGACGUUUGCGAUUUGAAGGCAGUGGCAGGACAUCUGGAGUGACUAUGUGAACCAGCAUGUUGAGAGAUAGCGCUAGAUUUUGGGAAAUGAUCUUUCUUGCUUUUUUUUUUUUUUUUUUUUUUGCCACUUUUAGAGCUGUAUGCUAAAUAUGGAGUUUUUUUGGUUUUGUUUGCGCUUGUAAAUUUAUUAAAAAUAAUUUGAGAUUUUAGUUGAACAAAAGCUUGAAUUUUACUCUGAGAUUAUAAACUGAUAUUUAAGUGACACGUUAAUGAAAAAGCAUUAACGUUUUUGUUUUGAUUUUUUAAAAAUAUAAAUUAGGAUUUUUUUUUUUCCCCAGAGCUACAUUUUUGGGUGCUUGUGCUAUCUUGAUUGUCAAAAUUAUUAUAUUUGUUAUUAUUUUCUUUUUUUUUUGUGUCCUGAAUUUUUACCCACAUCCCUCAUGUUCAUUUUUUUUUAUUGAUGAAAGAUCACAGCUUCAUAUUUACCAUACAGGCAAUUAUCUUGUCUUGAGUCUUGAACUUUAGGCCACAAAUUUAUAGAUUUUGUAGAUUUUAAAUUAAAUUACGUCAAACUAACAGGACCCACAUGACAAUGGGUAUGUUUACAUGCACUGCAAUAUUUCUAUUAACCCAGAUUGGAAAUUUUCCUGACUGAAGGCUGACAUGUUGGGUAUUGGUUUCCAAAAUUGCCAAAAAAUGUCGUAAAUAAAUCAUUCAAUAAGUUAUUUUUCCUUAAGCCAAAAAAAACUCUGAAUGUUUCCCAUAGCAUUCAAAUUGUUUUUAAAUUCAUAAGGUAUUUAUGUAAAAUUAGUUGAAAUCUGUUUUAAAAAUAGUUAUAUAAGUAUUAAGUUUUCUCAUGGUUUAUUUGUUGCGGGACACAAAAAAACCCUUUAAAUGUCUCUGUGGCUUGUCACACAAUGUGUGAUUGGUUUAUUUGCACAAACUUCAAACCAAUAAUCUUCUUGAGAGCAACGUUAGCCCCACCCACUUAUUUAGAUGGGUAAGGCUCCCUUUGAAAAUAAAUGAGCUGCUGUCCUUUAAAUGGAUUAAUAAUAGCAAAAAAUAAUGCAGGAAACGUAUUCUAAUUGUAAACAUUACAGUUCUAAUGUAUUUGUUAAAUUAUAGAUUUUAUAAAUUAUUUUUGUGUUUUUCAUGUAUUCGUUAAAGAAAGUAACAUAUUUAAGUAACCAUUAUAAUGAUUUAUUGUUUAUGAAAUUUGGGCGCUUUUGGACUUCCGUAAUAACCAGCCUUUGCCGUCACCGUACUUUAUGCAAGCUCGAAAACGGCUACAGUGAAACCACUUGCCCGGAUUUUGUCACAUCUACAGUUGGAGUAACAAAAAGUUAAAACCAUUGGGAUCCUGACUGAGGUUGUGUUCUGCCAUCUUUAACGUAAAAGUGAGGAGCGUACAUGGUAACAUGGUAACGGCGAGGUAGCGGAGCAAAAACUGUAAGUAGGACCGGCAUGAAAAUGUGGAGAAAGUCUGCCUGCUGUUGGGUAUGAUGGAGGAUCUGUGGUGCUGUGGGCCUGCUCCUUUUCAUCAUCAUCAAUCCUGAAUUAAACUGGACCUUUUCAAUAAAAAUUAAAUGAUAGACCAGAAUAAUAGAAAAAAAGCUUUUUCCUGCAGUCAUCUUAUUCUCCAGACAUAAAUGUUUUAGACAACCUGUUGGAUGAGCUAAAGGAGGAGGAUCUAGAGCAGAUGUAUGAAAAGAAAUCCAUCCAUCUGUGAAAGGGUUUAAUAAAAUAUUAAUUUUAUGUAGAGAGAACUGUGUGUGUUACUCAUGAACACUGGAAUUGUCCAUAUUAUAAAGUAAAGAUUUGAAAGAUUGCUGUGCAUGUAAACUUUAACUAGACAUGUUUUAAAAAAGAAUCCAAUUCUGGUGAACCUCCUUGGUCUUAAUGCAAGCAAUAAAGGUCACAUUAUCCAGAUUUAGCAAAAAAUCCUAACAUUAGGAUUUUUUUUUUUUAUAUAUCCAUAUACUCAUGUUUUAAGGUGCAUAACUAACUUCUUAGAUCCUGUUUCUUCUUGACUAAAUUUCUCAGCAGGUGCCUCUUAUUACACAGUAACAGUCCUUUAACCGGCAGCCGUCCAAACGUUGCGUUCACGUACCAUCAGUGAGGUGCCGUGAAGCGUACCUUUCUGGAGCUUACAGGUCAGCAUCAGCUACACGUCCCCGUUGUGUGACUCAUGCAAAUAAAUGGAAGAGAAAAACAAAGUCAUGAGUUGGCUGUGUGUUAUUGUUGGGUUGAAAUCAACAUAAGCUGAAGUCAAAAUAAAACAUUUCAGGGAAUUAAGGAGAAAAAAAAAACGUGUUUUUUUUUUGGGUUUUUUUGUUCUUUAAACCCCUCAUGGCUUUGCUUCAUAUUUAUCUCUGCAACUCUUGGAUCUACAUUGUAUCCUAUUCAGGUAUUUUUGUACAAAUAAGGGACUGAUAUAUUCUCUGUUUAUUGGAAAGUAGAAUAAAAGACAUAAUUGCUAUAAACCAAA